AACCUGGCAGGUUAUCUGACGGAAGAAUACUGUAAUUCAGUUUCGUGUGGGGCCCAGCAAGCAACUCCUUCAAAGUUCAUCUAGCGUAAUAUAGAGCCAGGUAAAUUCUGAGAAGAGGAAUACUUACUCUGGAUUAAGGGAGAACAUGUUGCUCUUCGCCUUUGUGAUCCUCUCUGUUUCAGCCACAGGCCUACAUGGCUUUUCGGUUGAUGUUGGUAAUCCUUCACUGAAGGUGAACGAGAACGAGGGAGUUGACAUGAAAUGUAGCUACACAGCUGAUUUUGGAGCAACAGCCAGAGUAGAAUGGAAGUUCAAGGAUCUCAAGGGCUCGCAGUCAUUUGUCUACUUUGAUGGCAAACCAACUACUCAAUAUGAAGGCCGUAUCACUAUGUAUAAUCAAGGAAUGAGGUUCAACAAAGUGACACGAGCAGAUACUGGAGAUUAUACCUGUGAGGUGUCCGGCAGUGGUGGAUAUGAUGAAAAAACCAUCAAGCUAACAGUCCUUGUGCCUCCUUCCAAGCCCAUAUCCAGAAUCCCAUCAUCAGUGACAACAGGCAGUAAUGUACUCCUGACCUGCAAUGACCCGGUCGGCUCACCCCCACCCACCUACAAGUGGUACAAAGAUGAUGCUCCUCUCCCUGAGGAUCCGAGCAAGUUCCCUACUUUUAGGAACCUCACCUACAAGAUGAAUGUUUUUAAUGGUAACCUGGAGUUCCCUAGUGUGUCUAAGAUGGACAUCGGUAAAUAUUCCUGUGAGGCCAGUAAUGGAGAAGGCAUCCCUCAGCGUGGUGACACAGUGCUUCUGGAUGUCCGUGAUCUAAAUGUUGGUGGCAUCGUUGCGGGGGUUAUUGUGGCUUUGCUGGCAGUAGUGUUGCUCCUCUUUGGACUCUGGUAUGCCAAUAAGAAGGGAUAUCUACCAAGUAAGUUAUUGUUCAUAAUGUAUGUGUGUCUACGUGUGUGUGAAUGAGAGGGAGAUGAAGUGUGAAGAAGAAUUUGAAAUAUUUAUCCAAAGUGAUCAGACUGAUUUCAAACUUUUUUUUUUUGCUCUCCACAGAAAUGGCAGAAAGGUACGUUUUAGUUUUUUUUUAAUUAUUGUUAUCUCCCAUGCUAUUAAUGUAGAUUAAUAAUGGGGGGGUGUUAGCACCGGGCAAUAAUAUUUAUUUUGGAUUGAUAAGAAUUCUUAUAUCUUAAUAAAAGGAUAUAAAUUGUCUCUCACUGCAGGCCAAAAACAACUGUUUAUACACAGCCUAGAACAGAAGAUGUGGAUGAUCAGGAUGGGGAAUUCAGACAGAAAUCAUCCUUCGUGGUGUAGCCUGGACUGCUCUAGAUGAAAUAUGAAGAUUUGUUGCCUAGAUCAAUUUAUUAUUUUUUAUUUAAUUUAAUAGGAAUCAGGAUUGAUUUGUACUAAAAGGAUUUUUUUGUGUGUGUUUUUCUCCCUGCUCUGUCUACCACUAUGGUUGACCUGAAAAUGUAUCCAAAAGUUGUAUAGCUGCCAUGGCAAUUGUGUGUUAGAUGUAGGCUGAACUUGCAUAUUUUCUUUAUAAAUCUUAAAUAUUAUUGAUCCGUUUUCUAGAAAUGAACAGAGAAAUGUGAAAUAUAAUUUUCUGAAUUUUAAAUAAGCAGUGUGUUGAAAACAGGCCUAAACAUUUGUUCUGAGUUUAUGCAGUUGCUUAGUUGGAUAUACAGCAGUGAAGGUGUAUGUGUGCUAGCCUAUUUUUACAUGACUGCACUGUGAUAUUAAAACCCAUGGGGAAAGAACCAUUCAGGAAAUAAUCCCCCUUCAUAUACUGUAAACAUUUUAUGUACAUUGUAUUCUAUAAAUUAUAUGCUGUUUGUUUACUUCACUGGUAAUAUUCUCAUGGUAGUAUACAUUUGUAUGAGAUUUUUUUUGUGUGUGUGUUUUAUACCUCAUGAAAUGUAAAUAACUUUUUCCCCUCUUUUAUUGGGAUUUUAAAGGAUUUUCAAUAAUAUUUGAUCAUGUUUCAUUGACCUCAGCCUCACUGAAUUUCUCAUCUGAUAACAAAUUGAUCACAGCGACAGCACAUUUUUGUCUUGUAUGAUUGUAGUUUUAAUGUUUGACUUGAUACUUUUCUUCUAAUAAAUGAAAAUUACUGAA